AUAGAGAUGUGAGAGGAAACCAGGCUUGCAUAUUGCGCUGGUUUGCACAUCUGUUGAUCUGACCUGCCUGGCUGACUGGGAUUUUGCACAGAGGGACUUAAGGUCCCCUGGAAACUUCUCCUUAGUCACCUGACCUUGCAUGCAUGCCAGGGGCGGGGACCAAACGCCCAGGCAUGGGCCAACACCUGAAUAGACUGGAAUAAAUUCUUCCCAGCGUCUAAAGAGAGAAAGAGAGCAGAGUGCAAUUCUCAGUUGGAAAUUCCUCUCCUGCAGAGCAGCUUUUUGAAGACCAUUGGAGCAAGACAGCUCUUGGGUGCAAGAGGUUGGGGUAAAUUCCUGCGCCUUUCUGACUGUUCUUUUAAAAUUGCAAAAAAAACAAAACAAAAACACCAAAACCGAGAUGGAUACAGCGAAGUGACCCCUCAGCUCUGGACCCUGCAAGCUCUGGACCAUCAUGACCUGUUGCAUCUCUCCAGCCCCUUCUGCAUCAUGCUGCUGAGGAUUAGAGGCCGGCAUGGCCCGUGUAGACCGCAGCUGCUGCUAUUCCUCUUCCUGACGAUAGGAGGCGCCCUGCUGCUGGUGGCGCUGCGGCACACUCCCGGGCACAUCACACAGUCACCUGGCUCCGCUCUGUCCCCUGUGCAAAGCCCCUUCUCCGCCGCCUCCGCCCACUACCGUGGCCUGGACUUUGGGGGGUCCCAGGAAUGGGUGCUGGAUGCAGAGGAGGAGGAGGAGGAUGGGGUCCAAGAAUAUGACCCCCUGGAAGGCCUGCCACCCUUCAUCUCCCUGAGGGAGGAUCAGCUACUGGUGGUCGUGGCCUCCCCCCGGGACAGAAGGAACCAGAGCCAGGCUGUGUUCAGCAGGCAGCCCGGCUGGAGCCUGGACCAGGAGGCCCGGGAGAGGGGCUGGGAGGAAGAGGAGGAGGAGGAGGAUGGAGAGGGAUUCGAGGAGCCAGAGGAACUGAGCCCAUUGCUGAGCCUGGAGGAGACGCUCAGUUCCCGCAUCCCCCUGCAGAGGGCUCUGCCCGAGGUACGGCAUCCGCUGUGUCUGCAGCAGCGCCUCGAGGACAGCCUGCCCACAGCCAGUGUCAUCCUCUGCUUCCAUGACGAGGCAUGGUCUACCCUCCUGAGAACCGUGCAUAGCAUCCUCAACACGGUGCCCCGGGUCUACCUGAAAGAAAUCAUCCUUGUGGAUGACCUCAGCCAGCAAGGACAACUCAAGUCUGCACUCAGCCAGUAUGUGGCCCAGUUGGAGGGGGUGAAGUUACUGAGGAGCAACAAGAGGCUGGGGACCAUUGGGGCCCAGAUGCUGGGGGCCACCAGGGCCACUGGGGACGUGCUGGUCUUCAUGGAUUCCCACUGCGAGUGCCAUCCAGGCUGGCUGGAGCCUCUCCUCCAUAGGAUAGCUGGUGACAGGAGCCGAGUGGUAUCUCCGGUCCUAGAUGUGAUUGACUGGAAGACUUUCCAGUAUUCCCCUUCUAAGGACCUGCAACGUGGUGUGUUGGAUUGGAGGCUGGAUUUCCAUUGGGAGCCUCUGCCAGAGCAUGAGAGGCAGAACCUACAGUCUCCCAUCAGCCCCAUCAGGACCCCUGUGGUUCCCGGCGGGGUGGUGGCUGUAGACAGACACCACUUCCUAAACACGGGGGCAUAUGAUCCACUCCUGUCUCUGCACGGCUCCGAAAACCUGGAACUAUCUCUCAAGGCUUGGCUGUGUGGUGGCUCAGUGGAAAUCCUCCCCUGCUCACGGGUGGGGCACAUCUACCGAAGCCAGGAUGCCCUCUCCCCCCUGGAUCAGAAGGCCAACCUGCAGAGCAAGGUCCGUAUUGCUGAGACCUGGCUGGACUCCUUCAAAGACACAUUCUACAGGCACAGCCCAGAGGCCUCCUCCCUAAGGAAGGUUGACAAGCCAGACAGCACAGCACGCCUGCAACUACAGAGGAGGCUGGGCUGCCGGACAUUCCACUGGUUUCUGACCCACGUCUACCCGGAGCUGUUCCCAUCUGAACGCCGGCCCUGGUUUUCCGGAAAGCUCCACAACACUGGCCUGGGCUUCUGCGUGGACUGCCAGGCAGAUGGAGCCCCCCCGGGCUGUGCCCUGAUGCUGGCUCCCUGCAACGACAGCAGGAGGCCACAGCAUCUGGAGCACACCAGCAGGAAGGAGAUCCGAGUUACUGGCCCCCAACACCUGUGCUUUGACGUUCAGCAUGAGCAAGUGAUUCUGGAAAACUGUACCGAGGGGGGACCUGCUGUCCAUACACAGAGCUGGGACUUUCAGGAGAAUGGAAUGAUGGUCCAUGUUCUCUCUGGGAAAUGCAUGGAAGCAACGGCUCAGAGAAACAACAAGGAUUUGUACUUGCGCCAAUGUGAUGGAAAAGCCAGCCAACUGUGGCAAUUCGAUGUAGUGAACCCAGUGGAUGAACGAUGAAUGUCAACAUCAGAAGGCAAAGAGAAUUUUGGCUCUCACAGUUCCACCCCAGACUGACUAAAAGAGUUUUACUAUUCACGAGUAGAGCCUUUUGUGGAUGUGCUCCUGGAGAU